UACAUUGUCAUCGAUAAAAGAUCUCUCCCAGGCACCCCGACCGCCUGGCCAAACCUCACCACCAUGACUGCCUCGCCCCCCACUUCCCCAUUUCUCCGGCUCCCACGAGAAUUACGCGAUGUCAUUUACGACUACGCACUAUACGAGCCAGACGGCCUUUACUACUGGCGAGAUCCAACCACGAACAUUGCAGAAUUCGGACGACAGCCACAUCAGCAUGUACCGGCCAACGCCCUCAAAUACACCUGCCACCAACUCCGACAAGAGACGCUCGGCUUAGAGUUCCACCUCAACCAGCAAAUAACCUUCGUGGGAUCCGUUAAACGCCCAAACGAUCGUAAUCAACCGCUAUGUCCAGCCGUACAGUUCCUCCAGUUCAUCGACCAGUGCAGCGAGGCUGCAAUACAACGUUGGUUGCGUCACGUCCGCUUGCACUAUGACCUCGGGCAUUUCUGGGCGUCUUGGGAGACCGAUUACCGCUUCGUCGAUCUCCAAAAAGUCGCCGACUAUUGCGAAAGCCGCCCAAAUAUAAAUGUGUGGUGGUAUACCCGUAUGCUGGAAUUUGUGCGAACGGGCCGAGACUGUCCUGUAGGAGUAAGCAUACUCGACGCGGGGCUUGAUAUCAUUUCCGUCUUUCGAUUGGAGAAAAGGAUAAAAUAUUUGAGGAUAUCUGAGGACCUGUAUGCCAGUACUCCUGAUUUGUUCAUUGAUUGGAGAUGGUUUGAGGGGUGGCACGUGGAGGGGUGUUUAAGGAAAAGAAAGCUUUGCAGCUGCAAUUUUCGGAUCAGGUGUGAGAACUUUCGUUUGCUGCCGGAGGUGCCUGGAGAUUGGGAAGAACAAUUCUAUAGAUACCACUCGGGCUGGGGUGAUAAGGAGCUCGUCAGGAAGAGGUGUGAGCUCGUUCGGGACGUUAUUACUAACGGGAUUUGAGGCAUGGGUGUUGUUAGACAGCUGUGAACUUGAUUCCUCUUUGGCUAAUCGCGGGGAUCUUUAUAGCUGGUGUCUUUACAUGGGAUCUAUACGUACCGACUC